AUGAACUCCGUGAAGCUAAGCAUCACCGUAAGUCUUGAUGCAAACUGCGGUGGAAUCUCAGCCACAGAUAGCUCAGAUGCCAUGGAGCACCUGGACGGAGAAGCUACGCGGAUGCGCAGCUCCAAGGUCCUGGACAAUUCAACCGAGAAGACAGCAAAAGUCAUGCCCCGUUCAAAUAUCCAAACCAUGACUCCCUUUGCCAAGCUGGCCGCUUACCUCGGCCUCAUCACUUCCCUCCCAUUUGCUUCGGCCACCUUCUCCAUAGCCCGCUGCUGCACUCUGGCUGUCCGGACGGGCGAAUAUAAGAAGUACAUAGAAUCUGACGGUUUGCUCCCGUGGGACGUGUGCAAUCUGAAUAAAGAGAUCGACUACGCCGCCGAUAACACUUUUCCCUCGGUUAUGAGAACCAUGUCUUGGGUGAAGCAAUACUGUCGCGGUACGCAGUACAGCAACACGCGUCAAUGGCUUCAGCCGCUAGCAACAUACAUCUCGCCUUAUAUAGGUCUCUUGCUGCUCUGCCCGGUUGGCGAGGAAGACCCGCAUGAGUCCGUCCAGGGGAACGCGCUAGGUGAGAUUUUCCUUGCACUGAGAACUGCAUUGAAGGAGUAUAUCAGCAUCCUCGGAGAUCCAGCUAGUGCAGUCUUUGGCGCGGCUUCGGAGGUGUACGCCGACACGGUUGCAUUGUACAGCAUCACCUCUCUGCCGGCAGAUAGACAAAGAGCCAUAUGGGUUGCCGCCCUCGCGGGGUCGUUAAAGUUCUCUUCCGAGACCGGCUGGCGUCGGGGCGUCGUUGAAGGAUCCAAACCUACGAAAAGUGUCAGUACAGGACAAAAGGCCACAACGACCCCCUCCCCUCCAGACGCCGAGGAGACCACCCGGGCAAUCAUCUUCUGCAUGGCUGCCCGCACCUCCUUCGCCUCAGCAAUCUUCAUCCCAGUGGUGCUCACGCUCGCCCUCAACGCCGCGGCCUUUUACGACGCGUACGCCAAGAAGGGCGACAAGGACACCAGUCUGGCCCUCGCCUACUGCGUCUGGUACAGCUGGAUUCUCGUGCCAGCCGUGGCGGGGAAUUGCUUCGCCACCGUGUUGUCGCCUGACGUCGCCCGGCGAGCAUUCGGCAAGGUGAUGGACUUUGGAAAGGGGCAGAGGGUGGCUGUUGCGUUGCGGGACCGGCACGUUAAUAACCAGUUCUGGGCGAACUGGGUGCAACAGCAGGAAGGGGAUGGCAAGGACUUCGUCGAGUUCGCCGAGCAGCUGGGGGCUGAUGUGUGGUUCUGGGCUAGGUUCUGUGGGUGGAAACUGAUGGGAUGGUGUUGUAUUGCUAUUGCUUGCGGCGCGGCGGCGGCUAUUGCAUGGAUGACCCCUACGGUUGGUUUGGGAUGUCGGAGUUUCAAUUUUAUACUGUACGGCCUCAUGGCGCUUGGUAAUGGGUUUCUGCACAUAGUGUAUUCGUGGCUGACUGUCAGGGGCAGAUUCCAGCGGGAGAUUGGGGAACGACCAAUCCUGUGUGGUCUGGUUCCAACACUUACGAUCCGCGUGGUGGUUCGAUGGGUUUAUUGGUCUCUGGUCGUUGCCAACUCCUUGGUCAUGGUGCUUGGGACUGUCUUCCACUUGGUGGGCGUGUUUCGCAAUUGUUGGUGCGAUCGUUUGACGUGGAAUGACGAUACGCUGAUCGAGCUGAACAGCAAGACGGCCGAGGCGGUUGCGAAUGCCAACAGCUACUGGAUUUCGACGGCCUAUGUGGUGUUCAGCAUCAUGACGCUCGUUUGUAUCUCGGCCGUCGUGUUUCGGCAGAUCAUAUGUCGCCGAAUGGAUGAAUGGAUGGACAUGGGCACAGGCGGUGACGACGACGCAUGA